AUGCGGGCAGAGGAGACUCUGGCGCUGGCGGGUCCGCGGGUGGGCGACGGCUGCGAGAGGGAGACGGACACAAUGGGAGAGGAGCGUAGCAGCGGCAGCUGCUGCAGCAGCGAGCGGCUGGUGAUCAACAUCUCAGGACUGCGGUUUGAGACCCAGCUGCGGACCCUCUCCAUCUUCCCUGACACGUUGCUGGGUGACCCCAACCGCCGGGUGCGCUACUUUGACCCACUCCGCAAUGAGUACUUCUUUGACCGGAACCGGCCCAGCUUUGAUGCCAUCCUCUACUACUACCAGUCUGGGGGGCGGCUCCGCCGGCCAGUCCAUGUGCCCCUGGACAUCUUCCUGGAGGAGAUCCGCUUCUACCAGCUGGGCCAGGAAGCCAUUGAGACCUUCCGGGAGGAUGAGGGCUUCAUACAAGAGGAGGAGAAGCCCUUGCCGCAGCAUCACUUCCAGCGCCAGGUCUGGCUGCUCUUUGAGUACCCUGAGAGCUCGGGGCCAGCCCGGGCCAUUGCUAUUGUCUCUGUGCUGGUGAUUCUCAUUUCCAUUGUCAUCUUCUGCCUGGAGACCCUGCCUGAGUUUCGCCAGGAACCCAAGGGGGUCCAGCCUAGCUUUGGAGAGGCGGCACUGCCUAGUGAUGAUAUGCUGCUUCUGCUGCCACUGCCACCACCAAGCGGGACCCCAUCGCCCCUGCGCCCUGCUGCUGGCACUGGCCCCUUCUUCACUGACCCCUUCUUCCUCAUUGAGACCCUGUGCAUCAUUUGGUUCUCUUUUGAGCUCCUCGUCCGCUUCUUUGCUUGCCCCAGCAAGCCCGAGUUCUCCCGCAACAUCAUGAACAUCAUUGACAUUGUGGCCAUCAUCCCGUACUUCAUCACCCUGGGCACUGAGCUGGCCCAGCAACAGCAGCAGAAGCAGCAGUCCGGAAGCAGCAGCAACAAUGGGGGCCAGCAGCAAGCCAUGUCCUUGGCCAUCCUCCGAGUCAUUCGCCUGGUUAGGGUCUUCAGGAUCUUCAAGCUCUCCAGGCACUCCAAGGGGCUGCAGAUCUUGGGUAAGACUCUCCAGGCCAGCAUGAGAGAGCUGGGCCUGCUCAUUUUCUUCCUCUUCAUUGGGGUGAUCCUCUUCUCCAGUGCUGUCUACUUUGCGGAGACUGAUGACCCUGACUCCCUGUUUACCAGCAUACCUGAUGCUUUUUGGUGGGCGGUGGUGUCCAUGACCACUGUGGGCUAUGGGGACAUGUAUCCCAUGACAAUUGGUGGUAAGAUUGUGGGCUCCUUGUGUGCCAUUGCAGGCGUGCUCACUAUUGCCCUACCCGUCCCUGUCAUCGUGUCCAACUUCAACUACUUCUACCACCGAGAGACUGAUCAUGAAGAGCAGUGCCAGUACACACAUGUCACCUGUGGCCAGCAGCAGUCCCCCUUCUCUGAGCCUAAGAAGGGAGACAGUAAUCCGUCUCUCAGCAAAUCUGAAUUCCUGGAAGCAGAAGACCUGGAGUCCAUGAAAUAUUCCAAUUUCAUUUCUCCGAACAACCAGGCUUAUAAAGAGAAGAAAAUGCUGACAGAGGUUUAAUCAGUUUUGUUAUCCUGAAUCCAGACAUAGAGCUGCAAGCUGCUGCGCAGCCGUCUUCCCACUAGCAGCUGGAUCUAUUCAGCAUUUACAUGCCACACUGUGGACUGUGAUACUGUAAACAGAAUGAUUGUGAUAAUGGGCUCUCCUGUCCUAAUUUGCUGUUUCUCAUUACUUUGUGCCAUCGGAAAUGUUCUUAUUUUAUUCUGUGGAGUGCUAGCUAUCAUCCUCCACUUCCUCAUGAUUUCUCUUUUUGUUUUUCUGAAGACUGCUUUAAUCCAAUAUUAAUUCUGAAGGUUAACCUUUCUAGUCUACUGGCAAAAAAGUAGCCCUUGCCACCGCUUCAGCUGAAGGAUUAGGCAUGGAAUAAACAGUUUAAGGGUCUACAAACAUCUGGCUCAAGCUCUGCCCUUAGUUUCUGUGCCAGCACAGUGACCUUGGCUGCAGGAUCAGUCAUGCCUGCCAUGCCAUUGCC